AUGUUUCGCAAUCCACGAGAAAAUAGAAACAUCUCAUCCACCGAAUACGUUCCUCCGUCAACUGGCCGCCCGCCAACUCCUCCCGGUCAAGAGUCUCGGACGGAGCGACCGUCUACCUUCCCCGAUCCUGGCUCUGUCAAGCAAAUGGCUGGAACGACAGUGAAAAAAUCGACUACUACACCAACUGCGAAGAAGACUUCCUCGCUUCAAACGUUCAAGGGAUCAUCCGCUGUCAGAAAAAAUAACAAUGCGAGUAUAUUGAACUUUUUCAAAAAGGCUGAUGGCCCGCCGCAGUCGCAGUCGAAGCAGCUUCGGUUAACUCAAUUCGGGGUCACUGUAUCGAGAAACGAUGUGCCCAAUGAGAAGAAUAAUGGGUUAAAGCGAGAGAACUCUAUCGGUGACGACUUGUUUGUGGAGGAUAAAAACCGGCGAUACAAGAACUUGGUGGAUAUCAGAGAUGAUGGAAAAAAGACGAAGACGACAGAACCUACAUCGAAUAAUAUACCUACAGAAGAACCCAAAUCCGAAGAAACAGAAUCUGAUCGAUUCAACGAGAGCACAGGCUCGAACAAAAAACGAAAACUCAACUCCCGGGUAGUCAAAGGCCCAUUUAUCGACGAAUCAGAUACCGAAGACGAAGACGAUUAUUCCCCAUUUACAGACACUAAAACACAAUCCAACGAAUUAAACAAUAUCGAUAAUGCACCACCACUGGUAAGAGCAGCCACUAGCAACUUUGAUACAAGUGCAGUGGCCGAUGACUUUGAUGAUAUAGAAGACGACAUAGAAGGUGAUGAAUUUUCAGAAAGAGCAUGGAUGCAGGAUGAGACGGAAGCUUUUGAGUUGGAUAAUGACACGAUAGACGAUGGACCGAUGUGUCCUAUAUGUCAAGCUAGUUUGGUCGGGCAGUCGGAUACGGAGGCAUCUACGCAUGUUAAUGCAUGUUUGGAUGGAAAUCCACAACCUGUACCCGAGAAGAAGAAAUCCAUGUCUGGUCUGACACGGCAAGAAAAGGCGGCUGUCUCCAGACCUGCGCAACCGAAUCCGUUUGUGGAAAAGGGCACAGGCAAUACAUCGGCAUUCGCAAAACUCAUGGCGGGUAAUGCUGAAGAUUCUGCGUGGGCUACGGCCGCUUCUAGUGAAGUUGCAUCACGAGGUAAACAAGCUUACGAACGAACAUGUCCGUUUUACAAGAUUCUGCCAGGGCUCUUUAUUACGGUGGACGCUUUCCGCUAUGGGGCCGUGGAGGGAUGUCAAGCAUACUUUCUCAGUCAUUUUCACAGCGACCAUUAUGGCGGUCUGACUGGCUCAUGGAGCCAUGGACCUAUAUAUUGCAGCAGGGUGACGGGCAACCUUGUCCGGCAGCAGCUCAAAGUUGAUCCCAAGUACGUUGUUGAUCUUGAAUUUGAGAAAAAGACGGAGGUCCCAAACACCAAAGGCGUAUAUGUCACUAUGCUGCCUGCUAACCACUGUCCUGGAAGCUCUCUUUUCUUGUUUGAGAAGAUUAUGGAUAACGGCCGCAUUCAUCGGGUGUUGCACUGCGGCGACUUUCGAGCCUGUCCGGCUCAUGUUCAGCAUCCACUGUUGAAACCCGAUAUCUUGGAUGCGAAAUCGGGCCAGUCACGACAACAGCGCCUUGAUGUGUGUUACUUGGAUACCACAUAUUUGAACCCGAAAUAUAGCUUUCCGCCCCAAGCAGAUGUCAUCUCUGCUUGCGCCGACAUGUGUGUUCGACUUAGCAAUGAGCAAGGUGACCGAAACGAAGUACUCGAGUUGCACAAACAUGAGAAAGCGGAUGCGAUGGCCAAAUUUCUGUCCUCAAAAGAGAAAGAGCCUAUAUCAACAUCGACGCCGACAUCGCGCGGCCGACUGCUGGUGGUCAUUGGAACAUACAGCAUUGGCAAAGAGCGAAUCUGUCUCGGAAUUGCUCGCGCAUUGAAAUGUAAAAUCUACGCCCCUCCUCAGAAACAACGAAUCUGCGCAUGUCUUGAAGACCCAGAACUGUCGUCUCUUCUCACAGACAACCCCCUGGAAGCGCAGAUUCACAUGCAGAUCGUAUUCGAGAUUCGCGCGGAGACCCUCUCCGACUAUCUCCAGUCCUUCAAAGGCCACUUCUCCCGUGUCGUCGGCUUCCGUCCGACAGGGUGGACCUACCGACCCCCUGGGGGUCGGUUACUCGACAAUCCUCCGGUUGCGAACGUCCUACAUUCAAGUAACUGGAAAACCUCCUUCAGCGUGUCCGAUCUCGUGCCCCAACGAGGCAGCAAUAAAGAAGCAUCAUGUUUUGGAGUACCGUAUAGUGAGCACAGCUCAUUUCGAGAAUUAACCAUGUUCUGCUGUGCAUUGCGAAUUGGCAGGAUAAUUCCCACGGUGAAUGUGGGGAAUGCCAAGGCAAGAGAGAAGAUGAAGGCGUGGAUUGAGAGAUGGGAGGCCGAGAAGAAGAAGAGUGGAUUGUUCAAAGUUGAGGGUGACACCUGGUAG